AUGGAGUGCCCAAAGCCGGAGGGCUUUAUACCAGGGGCUCCAAAGGGCGGAAGAAGCCAGUGGUCAGGGCUCUACAACAGGAGGCUCAUUCCAUCCAUCACCCCUGUUGCUAGUCUUCUGAAGUCCAGAGACCCCCGAAUUCCCAGGCAAGAACUCACUCUGGGCAUCUUCUUAGUCAAGGAGCCAGUGGAGGUGCGCUCUGGACCCCCUGGCAGGACUGAAGCAGGAGCAGAGCAGAAGCUGUCCCCAGGACCAGACCACCAGCAUCCCUGGAGCCAGCAGGGGUCUCAGGAGCCCAGCAUAGGAGACUGGGACCCCCCCACAGAAGCUCUCACCUCCUUGCCUGCGCACAGAAACCUUAUCCUCGAGCACAAAACAUUAUAUCCUAAGACCACUGUAAGCGAGAGACUUCACCCUAAGAAGCCUCGAUUUUUGCAGGCCCAGCCCCAGGACCAAGGAAGGAGCUCCCAGGAGGAAGGCCCCUCCCCCGUCUCCAGUUCCCGCCCUUCUGUGAGGAGGCUGGGCCUAGAGCAUGCCGCAGGACGGUGGGCAGGGGAGCGGGGAUACUGGCAUGUGGAUGCCUCCUUCUCAUGGCCAGGGAUCAGCAGCGUGAAUCAGCUGGGUGGGCUCUUUGUGAAUGGUCGGCCCCUGCCCCUGGACACGCGGCAGCAGAUCGUGCGGCUGGCGGUCAGCGGGAUGCGGCCCUGCGACAUCUCACGGAGACUUAAGGUAUCUAAUGGCUGUGUGAGCAAGAUCCUAGGGCGUUACUACCGCACAGGUGCCCUAGAGCCCAAGGGGAUUGGGGGAAGCAAGCCACGCCUGGCCACACCCCCCGUGGUGGCUCGAAUUGCCCAGCUGAAGGGUGAGUGCCCAGCCCUCUUUGCCUGGGAGAUCCAACGCCAGCUCUGUGCUGAAGGGCUCUGCACCCAGGACAAGACUCCCAGUGUCUCCUCUAUCAACCGAGUCCUGCGGGGGCUACAGGAGGACCAGAGACUGCCCUGGACGCAGCUCAAUUUGCCAGCUGUUUUGGCUCCAGUUCCUCCAACUCUGCAUAGUGGCUCUGAGGCUCCCCGGGGUCCCCACCCAGGGACCAGCCACCGGAAUCGGACUAUCUUCUCCCCAGGCCAAGCUGAGGCACUGGAGAAAGAGUUCCAGCGUGGCCAGUAUCCUGAUUCAGUGGCCCGGGGAAAGCUGGCUGCUGCCACCUCUCUGCCUGAGGACACGGUGAGGAUCUGGUUUUCCAACCGAAGAGCCAAAUGGCGCCGCCAAGAGAAGCUCAAGUGGGAAAUGCAGUUUCCAGGUGCGGCCCAGGGUGCGAGUCUACCAAGUGCUUCCCCAGGGAUCAUCUCUGCACAGCAGUCCCCUGGCAGUGUGUCCACAGCAGUCCUGCCCGCCCUGGAAUCCUUGGGGCUCUCCAGCCAUCCGUUGUGCUGGGGGACAGCAUCAGAUGCCCCACCACAAGCCUGUCUCCAGCCCUGCUGGGGCUGCCUGCCCCCCACAGCUGAGCUCUCUGGAUUCGGUGCUGCCUUGCCAUCCUUGCCCUUCCUUCCCCUGCCCCCAGCGCCAGUCUUGGUGCCCCUCAGGCCUUGCUCUGGCUUGGCUCCCCACUGCGGGGCCUGGGAUGAGGGAGAAGGUUCGGAGUGGAAAGGAGAUGGGGUGGGGAGCAUCUGA